AUGGCGACCAACAAUGUUAACAACAUGCACAACCUGACGACGCUGAUCAAAAGGCUCGAAGCUGCCACCGCUAGACUCGAAGACAUCGCCUCCUCCACCGUCGAGCUUCCCCAGGCCGUUCCCGCGCUCCAGCAAACCCUCGCAUCUCCGCAAUCGGGCCUCUCUGCGUCCUCUACACCCGCGCCUGCCGCCGCACCUGCGCCGCCGAAACAGCCCGCCGAGCCUCUGCCCGAAUCUAUUGAGGAGUUCGACGACUUUGUAGAGAGCGCCGUCGGCAAGUAUGUGGAGCUCAGCAAGAAGAUUGGCGGCGUCGUUGCCGAACAGGCCGCAAAGGUUCGGGAAGGCUUCCAGGCGCAGCGCCGGUUUCUCCUCAUCGCAACCAAGGCCAAGAAGCCCGACAUCUCUGGCUCCGAGAUGUCUGUCUACCAAGAUCUCCUGAAGCCCAUCAACGAGGCCCUCAUGGCCGUUACAAACAUCAAAGAAUCGAACCGGGGUUCAGACGUCUUCAACAACCUCAGUGCCGUUGCGGAGGGCGUUAUGGUUCUCGCUUGGGUGACCGUCGAUAACAAGCCUUUCAAGCACGUCGAGGAGUCCCUCGGCUCUGCCCAAUUCUUUGGAAACCGAGUGCUGAAGGAGAACAAGGAUAAGAACGCUGCGCAGGGAGACUGGGUACAAGCUUUCUACCAGGUUUUCCGCGAUCUGGCCGACUAUGUGAAGCAGUACUACCCUAAUGGCGUUACGUGGAACGCAAAAGGUGCUCCCGCCAAGGAGGUCGCCAAGGCCGUCGCAACGAACGCUCCCUCCGCCGCGCCUGCCGGAGCUCCGGCUCCUCCACCGCCGCCACCGGGCGGUGCGGGCGGUCCUCCACCACCGCCUCCUCCCGGACCCCCACCAGUCCUGCAAAUCAAGGAGCAGAAGGCCGAAGCAUCCCCCAGCUCCGGACUCGGCGCCGUCUUCUCUGAGUUGAACAAGGGCGAGGCAGUCACGGCAGGUCUACGAAAAGUAGACAAGUCGGAGAUGACCCACAAGAACCCUUCCCUGAGAGCGGGAUCAACCGUCCCUGAUGGUUCUGCGCGUGGAAAGAGCCCCGCGCCGGCCCGCAAGCCCAAACCCGAGAGCAUGCGCGUCAAGAAGCCCCCUAAGAAGGAGCUCGAGGGCAACAAGUGGACUAUUGAAAACUUUGACAAGGAACCCCAGCCCAUCGAGAUCGAUGCGUCCAUGUCGCACUCGAUCCUCAUCUCCAAGUGCAACAACACGACCAUCAUCGUCAAGGGCAAGGCCAACGCCGUGACCAUCGAGAACACGAGCCGGCUGUCGCUGCUCGUCGAGUCGCUCGUCUCGUCGGUCGACGUGGUCAAGUCGGCCAACCUGGCGCUGCAGGUCACGGGCACCGUCCCCACGGUGCUCAUGGACUCGGUCGACGGCGCCCAGGUCUUCUUCAGCAAGGAGAGCACGGCGACCAAGAUCUACUCGAGCAAGUCGUCGGGCAUCAACCUCAACGUCAUCUCGGGCCCCGACGACGACUUCAAGGAGGUGCCCCUGCCCUCGCAGAUCUGCUCCUACUACGACCCGGAGAAGGAGGACCUCGUCAACGAGAUUGUCGCCUACGAUGGGUAG